AUGGCUGCCUCAGAACCCACCAAGAAUGUUAGGAUCAUAUUGACACCCGAGGCAGAGGCACCCAAGGCAGAGGCACCUGGGGGAGAGGAGACAUCGCAGGAGGAGACACCCAAGGAACUGACAUCUCAGAAAGCGACAUCUCGGAAAGCGACAUCAUCUCCGAAAGCCAAAGCGACGUCUCCGAAGGCGACAUCUCGGGCGGUGGCCCCUGGGGAAGGGAGGUCCGAGGCGGCGGCCGUGGCCAUCCAGGCCUGGUGGCGGGGCACGCUGGUGCGCCGGACGCUGCUGCUGGCCGCGCUCAGCGCCUGCGUGGUCCAGCGCUGGUGGCGGCGGCUGCAGGCGGGCCGGCUGGCGGAGCGGCGCUGGGCGGCGCUGCGGGAGCAUGUGCUGCGGGAGGGCGCGGCGGUGCGGCUGCAGGCCUGGGUCCGCAUGUGGCGCGUCCGCCUGCGCUACAGCCGCCUGCUGCACGCCGCCCGCAUCAUCCAGCUGUACUGGCGCUGGCACAACUGCCACACCCGCGGCGUCAUCCAGGGCAACUACGACAUCAAGGAGGACCAGCUGAACCUCCACCUCGAAAUCUCGCUGGGCUCACAGGUUUGCAAAAUACACCAGUCCACGCCUCUCCCAAUAAAGCAGACGCAGGACCUGUGA